AUAGAGAAGGCGGGAUUAUUACUAACAGCUCGGGUGAAAAUGAAAUCGCUUUAGAUUUCAGGACGCAGUUUACAGGGAAUAGUCAUCAUGUGGCUACAGUUAUGGUUCGGACUGUUUUCUUUUUGCCUGCUACAAGCUGCACAGCCUGUUUUCAGUAACACCAGAAAGCUUGAUCCGGAAAUCACUAUGAAUAUUAGUGAGAUCAUCAGACACUGGGGUUAUCCAGCGGAGGAGUUCGAGGUGGUCACUGAGGACGGCUACAUCCUGAGCAUUAACAGGAUCCCACACGGCAUCCAGAGUAAAUUCCAGGAAGCAGAGCCUAAGCCUGUGGUGUUCCUUCAGCAUGGGCUCCUGGCUGCAGGAAGUAACUGGGUGACCAACCUUCCCAACACCAGCCUUGGCUUUUUGCUGGCCGAUGCUGGGUUUGAUGUGUGGAUCGGAAACAGCCGUGGGAACACCUGGUCAAGAAAACACGUCAGGUUCAACCCUAACCAAAAAGAGUACUGGCAGUUUAGCUAUGAUGAAAUGGCGAAGAAGGACCUUCCAGCAGUAAUAAACUUCAUCACAAAAACCACAGGACAGGAGCAGAUUUUCUAUGUUGGCCAUUCUCAGGGAACCACCAUUGCUUUUAUGGCAUUUUCCACAAUGCCAGAGCUGGCUAGCAAAAUAAAGAUGUUUUUUGCCCUGGCCCCUGUAGCCACAGUAGCCUUCACAGAAAGUCCAAUGGGCAAACUGAGUAUUCUCCCGGAGUUUGUCAUCUGGAAAUUAUUUGGGAGCAAAGACUUUUUACCUCAGAGCGCUCUCAUCAAGUUUUUUGCCACCCAAUUCUGCAGCAAGAAACCAAUCAGCAUUUUGUGUGGAAAUCUAUUUUUCCUUUUGUGUGGUUUUGAUGAGAGAAACCUGAACAUGACCCGAACACCCGUGUACACGACACACUGUCCAGCUGGAACCUCUGUCCAGAACAUGGUGCACUGGUCUCAGGCUAUAAAGAGUAAGAAACUGAUGGCAUAUGACUACGGAAAAGCUGGAAAUAUUGCUCAUUAUAAUCAGUCAACCCCUCCAUUGUACAACGUGCGAGACAUGAAGGUGCCCACAGCACUGUGGUCCGGGGGACACGACACACUGGCAGACCCAAAGGACAUGGCUUUGCUGCUCACACAGAUCCCCAACCUGGUGUUUCAUCGCAACAUCCAGCACUGGGAGCACCUGGACUUCAUCUGGGGCCUGGAUGCCCCACAGGAGAUGUACGAGCCGAUGAUCAAACUGAUGAGACAAAACAUCUGACCGCCUUUUAGACCUAUUUUUAAGCCUUUUUUCCUGAGUUUUAGUUUAUAACUCUACAACAACCAGCACUAUGCACUCUUACUGAUUCCUUAGCAGGGAAUAAUAGCAAAGACCAGCAAAUAUUUUUACUUCCUUUUACAUUGUUUGUUUUACCUCAGAUUUGUCUAACAUUCAAUUAGUAAUCAUGCUGUUAACACAAGCUUUGUGAAUGUAUCCGGGUAUUGAGCCAGGUGUUGAUAAGACACUACUUUCCCCAGUGUGUUUCACAGGGUACAACUGAGUUUAAUAUGAAAUGAAUGGAUUUCAGCUUCUAAUUAUAAAGGAAUCUUUUUA